AUUCAUUCAUCACUUUCGCGACACGCACUUCCGGUCUAUAGUGUAUACCUGUCAAAAAUUGAACGCCCAAAAUUUGGUGUUAGCGCAAAACCUGGAGGCAUUGUAAACGUCGGUUUAACAGUAAUUGUUUGCUGAUAGCUAAUUUUUAAAGGAAGACGCUUCAACCAUUCAUCAUGAACAUAGACAGUUUACGAUCGCGGCUGGAUUCUGCAGGACAGGGACAUCUGUUGGAAUUCUGGGAUUCGCUUUCAGAUGUCGAAAAACAGUCCUUUUAUAAGGAACUAGACAGUAUGAAUUAUACUGAAAUCAAUGGGUUCUUUGAGCAUUCAAUGCAAACGUUAAAACAUGCUUCAGACAAAUUAGACGACCUCCUAGAGCCAUUACCUGCAGACGUAUGCGGUAGCGUGACACGAACGGAUGCAGAUAAGAUCCAAGAGUACAACUCACUUGGUCUGCAAGCAAUAGCUGGCAACAAUGUAGCAGUAUUACUUCUAGCUGGUGGUCAGGGGACCAGACUUGGUGUGAACUAUCCAAAAGGCAUGUACAAUGUUGGCCUGCCUUCAGGGAAAACACUGUACCAACUACAGGCUGAAAGAAUUCUCAAAGUGCAACAGAAUGCCACAGCAUUAACAGACAAAGAUUGUGUAGUUCCGUGGUAUAUCAUGACAAGCGAGCACACAAAAGAGCCGACACAGGAGUUUUUUGCCAGCCAUGACUAUUUUGGAUUGAAGAAAGAAAACGUGACACUCUUUGAACAGAAUCUCUUGCCAUGUAUAAGUUUUGAUGGGAAAAUAUUCCUUGCCAAUCAACACAAAGUGGCUCUUGCUCCAGACGGUAAUGGUGGCCUGUAUAAAGCUUUACGCAGCAGUAAUGUAUUAGCUGACAUGGAAUCUAGAGGCAUCAAAUAUGUUCAUGUUUAUUGUGUAGAUAAUAUACUUGCCAAAAUGGCAGAUCCAGUGUUUCUUGGGUUUUGUAUAAACAAGGGAGCUAACUGUGGGGCAAAGGUUGUGGAGAAAGCAUUUCCCACAGAAGCUGUUGGUGUAGUGUGUAAAGUGGAGGGAAAAUACCAAGUUGUGGAAUACAGUGAGAUAACGCUCAAAACUGCAGAAAGGCGGAAUACAGACGGUCGUCUAACAUUCAACGCUGGAAAUAUAUGCAACCAUUUCUUUACCAUGGACUUCUUGAAAAUGGUAUCGGAUCCAGCCCAAGAGUCUGAAUUAAAGCACCAUGUAGCCAAAAAGAAGAUUCCACAUGUAAAUAGUCUUGGUGAACUAGUUAAGCCUACCGAACCUAACGGCAUUAAAAUGGAGAAAUUUGUCUUUGACGUCUUCCAUUUUGCAACGAGCUUUGCUGUAUGGGAAGUACUGAGAGAAGAUGAGUUCUCCCCCUUGAAGAAUGCAGAUGGCGCUGCAAAAGACACACCCACAACAUGCAGACAAGAUCUGUGUAGCCUACACCGCAGAAUGAUGCUUCAAGCUGGGGCGAAGUUUGUACACAAGGAUGGAUCUGAGAUCCCUCAUAUACCAAGUAAUCAGACUAAGGCAGAUGCAGGAGAUGGUCAGAGGACAUGUGAAGAGUUUAAUGAGAUUGUAUGUGAAGUUUCACCUCUUGUCUCAUAUGCUGGUGAGGGUUUGAGUUCUGUAGUGUCUGGACAAAGUUUUCAACCUCCAGUAUCUUUGGAAUUAGACAAAACAGGCAAAGUGCAGAUGUCUCAUGGAGUGAAUAAUAACAUUUAAUGAUUGGUUGCGUAAUCGGUCACAUGACUCAUUUCAGUAUCGGCCUAGAUUUACCAUCCAUACAUUUCAUUGGACAAUAUCCAUCGAUAACUUGUAAGGCUGGCUCCAAUUGGUUACAAGUUGUGACAUUCCUCUCCUGUGAUUUAAGAAAAAUGCAGUGCAUGUAUUAUAUGAUACUUUAUUUAUAUAUUUAAGUAUUUAAUUAUGUGAUUAUAUACAAACUUUAUGCAAAAGAAUUGUUGUUGCGUAAAAGAGUAGUUCAAAAUACAUGUACAUUCAACUUGUUUAGCUUUUUUAGAGGGAAAAAACAACAGAAAAGUUUGAAAAUUAAAUUCUUAGAGGUGUUCUUUUAAGAGAAAAUUGAAAAUAUAAAUUUCAGGUACAUAUUUGUCCAUAAUGGCACUUCAGAUAUUACAUAUCAGUCUAUUUUUAGGUUUUAAACAUUAUUUUGGCAGAAUGUUGUGUGUGAAAGUGCUUGCAAAUUGAUACAGAAAUGUUAGGAAAUAAGGCAUAAAAUCGGGGAAAGGAAAACUGAUUUGAACAAAUGUUUUUUAUGAAAUUAAAUAUUUUAUUCAUGGAACCAAAUUGUUAUGUCUGUUUUUAUAAUUGUCCUGUUAAAUAUAAUAGGUGUUUUUUAUAUAUUUUGCUAAAAUGUAAUGGAAUAUUUCAUAGAAGGCAUGUUUUUUCAAUCCCAUGCAGAAUAUAGAAAUUCCGAUUUGUACCUCAGUGGUGGCUUAAAAGCAUUUUCUGUUUUAUGGUGACACAAUUUAAAUAUAUAAAUGAAAUACUAUUUAUUGAUUUUCCUAACAAGUAUUUUUAAUUCAAUACUUUCAUAUGUACAUGUACAUUGUUAUGUAACACAAUGUGUAUGAGAAAAGAGUUGUUACACUUGUAGUGGAAUAUGUAGCUUGACAUGUGCCAUCUUCUGUUUUUCUGUUAGUUUUGUUUUACAUUACUUUUACAGGUCGUAAUUUACAUUUUACCUGAAGUUAACUGUUUCAUGGUCCUAUAUGAGAUGUUCAUUUUUACAAGUCUUGGUCCUAAGAAUUUUAUUGUGUUAAAAAAUACUGUUUGCAAACUAAAUAAAAUAUGUAGAUUUAAUUGACCUGUCUGUACUAAGUAUUGACAUUUAUUCUUUGACUGCCAUACAUAUUAUGUGUAUUAAUAUUUUAGCAUAUAUUGUGCAUAAUGUUGUUAUUGUUAACUAUACAUUAAUUUUAAUGCGAUUUUAUAGAAUUUAUGUUUUUUUAUAUACUUAAAAUUGCAAUGUCAUUGUACAUUUAACCUCAGAGAACAGCUAGAUUUUAAAUGACAAAUUUGUAAAAAAUGUUGUUUUUUCAAAGCAAAAUCAACUCUUCUUUUUUUGGAGGGAAAAUAAAACAUCUUUAUUCUUGUUAAAAUAAGCUUCUUUUCAUGAGAUUCUGCAAUGAACACAUAUUGCAGGAUAUGAAGGUCACAGCUGAAUCCCGGGUUAUAAAACCAAAUUUGGAAACCAGUCUCAAAUCCCAAACAUUUGAUUGGCUGAUUCUCAAAUACGUAAAAUUAACCAAUGGGAGGAAAGCAUUCUGAGAUUGGCCUCAGAACUAGGUUUUAUAACUUUAAACCCAGGUGACCAGGUAAAAAAACUUAAGCUCUUUCAAAGGUUUUAUGCCAUAUUGGAAGAUUUUUCAUUGGCUUAAAAUUGCUGCACUUGACCAGUUAAGCUUAUUUGGAUACUGUGUGUGAUAUCAAAAUUGCUGCACUUGUAAAUUACCAGUAAAGUUCAUUUGGAUACUGUGUGUUAUAUAGCACUUAAAAAUUCUUAAAACCUUUGGGUUGGGUAUACAUCUUUGGGCAUCUUUAUUGUUAAGUUAAAGAAAUGAAUUGACUGCAAUUUUUGAUAUCUUUGAUCUUUGUUUGCGAUGAUGAAGUUAUGAAACUAACACCACAUAUCUAUGAAAUAGAACUACAUUCAGAUGACAUCUAAUGGCAAUAUAUUCAUUGUUGAUGUCGAUUUAUUAUGUAUGUUUUUGUUGUCUGUACCCUGAAUUAUAUGUUUUAAAAGUAUAUUUGGAUUGUAUUGUUUGUGACAUUUUCACACUGUCAUACUUCGUUUGCUCAUUUUGUUAAUGAUUAGAUUUUGCCUCAUAUAAUAGGUGACCAAGAAACCAUUAUUAAAGGGACUGACCUCUGGGUUGAGGGACAAUAAAGAAAAUAAAAAAGGAAAUUUUAAGAUAUCAGGAAAUUGUUGCUGUACUUCUAUAUAUAUAUAUAUAUAUAAUAAAAGGCUUUGACACUUUAUUACUGACAGAUUAUAUGUUACGGAAACACACGAGAAUUUGUUGUUUUUUCUUAUUGUCCAUUCAAAUUUGAAAAGUGUUUGUCAUGGAGUAAAGAAGGUAAACUGCCUUAAUUUAUAAAGCUUUAUAAAAUUAGUCUUUUAGUAUGACUUCCAUGGUGUAUUGAUCAAGAUAGCAGGAAAGUUUAUUGCAAAGGUAACCUGGCUUUGAUUUCCAGUUCAGACAUGUUUUGUUUUACUUGAUUUAGCAUUUUUUUAUGCCCCCGAAGGGAGGCAUAUAGUUUUUGAAACCGGUCUGUCAGUCUGUCGGUCUGUCGGUCUGUCCGCAAUUUUCGUGUCCAGUCCAUAUCUUUGUCAUCGAUGGAUGGAUUUUCAAAUAACUUGGCAUGAAUGUGUACCACAGUAAGACGACUUGCAGUGCGCAAGACCCAGGUCCGUAGCUCAAAGGUCAAGGUCACACUUGGACUUUAAAGGAUAGUGCAUUGAUGGGUGUGUCCGGUCCAUAUCUUUGUCAUCGAUGGAUGGAUUUUCAAAUAACUUGGCAUGAAUGUGUACCACAGUAAGACGACGUGCAGUGCGCAAGACCCAGGUCUGUAGCUCAAAGGUCAAGGUCACACUUAGACGUUAAAGGAUAGUGCAUUGAUGGGCGUGUCCGGUCCAUAUCUUUGUCAUCGAUGGAUGGAUUUUCAAAUAACUUGGCAUGAAUGUGUACCACAGUAAGACGACGUGCAGUGCACAAGACCCAGGUCUGUAGCUCAAAGGUCAAGGUCACACUUAGACGUUAAAGAUCAUUUUUCAUGAUAGUGCAUUGAUGGGCAUGUCCGGUUCUUAUCUUUGUCAUUCAUGCAUGGAUUUCAAAAUAACUAUGCAUGAAUGUGUGACACAGUAAGACGAUGUGUCGCGCACAAGAUCCAGCUCCGUAGGUCAAAGGUCCUAAACUCUAACAUUGGCCAUAACUAUUCAUUCAAAGUGCCAUCGGGGGCAUGUGUCAUCCUACGGAGACAGCUCUUGUUUUUUAAUAGUUUAGAAACAAAAGCUUUUAUACUAAUAUUCAUAAUAAGACCAGACCAAACAUCAAUUUUAAAGAAAGCUCAUAUUUUGCUACAAUCUGGAGUUCAGUCCCUUUAAAAAAUUUAAUGCAGGAAAAAGUAGAUUGUGUAAAGUUCUGAGUGUCUGAUUUUCAAAGUAUUUGCCAUAUUUGAUAUAAGGAAAGAGCUAUUGUAACUGUUUAUAAAUAAAGAAACAAAAGUAGAGGUGAAUUUAAUUUACUGUAGUUUUGUGAAUCAGUUGACAUGAGCUCUGUAGAGGUUUAGUUCUGUAGAGCUUUUGAAUACUUCUUUCUUAGAAACAAUUAAAGCCAAUUAUAUCUUACCUCCCAGCAAUUUGCUGAUGACAUUUAUAACUUGGUGAACAGGGGCAAUAGUGAUCAAGUUCAUUAUUCGAAUCCAGGGUUUCUGCUUUGAAGGAAAGUGUGUUAGCCCACUUGACCAGAGUUUCAGCAAAUGUUAAGGAAAAGUAUCCUCUUGUCAGAAAUGAUUGUUAGAGUUAGUGUACCUUUUUAGCUCGACUAUAUGAAGAAUAAUGAAAGCUUUUCUACUCGCCAAUGUUUCCCCACCAGCUUCAUCACACUUUGGUUAAAAGUUUUGUGAGCAAGCUAUUCCUCAGUAAACAUUGCAUGUAUUGUACUGGAACUUUACAGGAGGCUUCCUAGUCAUCAUACCUACUGAAAUGACCAAGUUAGAUAACUCUUUGUUGAAUUUAAUUUAAUUUAAAUUAAGGCCCUUUUUCAACUAAGAAAGUUUGGUUGGUUUUGCUUGCAACUAUCGAGCUGUAUCUCAGUGACAGCUACAUGUGAGCCACGUCAUGAGUAAUCCAACAUAGUGCAUUUGCAACCAGCAUGGAUCCAGACCAGCCUGCGCAUCCGUGCAGCCUGGUCAGGAUCCAUGCUGUUCGCUUUCAAAGCCUAUUGCAAUUAGAGAAACUGUUAUCGAACGGCAUGGAUCCUGACCAGACUCUGCGGAUGCGCAGGCUGGUCUGGAUCCAUGCUGGUUGCAAACACACUAUGUUGGUUUUCUCAUGGCGUGGCUCAUGUAUUGGAUUAAGACUGAACACAGUGCUUUCCAGUUAUCAGACCUACUGAAAUAACCAAGUUACGUAACUCUUGUUUAAAUUUAAUUCAGAUUAUAGCCGCAUUCUUUUACUUCAAAGACUUGCUUGUAAGUUUCGCAUGCAAGUUAUUAUCAUUGCCGUAAUUAAAUUUGUUGUAAAUUUGAAUAAAGUAACUCAGUAACAUAAAUCUUUUCAAGUUAUGGCCCUUGUUCAACAUAGAAGCUGUCAAAUAGUCAGGCAUGCUGUGUUAUUGACAGCUCUUGUUACUUCCAUUCUUGCAGCAAUAUUUAGAAUUAGAUAUUCAAAAUAUUACCAUCACUUGUUGAAAAUUAUGCAUUAUGCCGUAAUGACUCAUUAGUGGUACUUGUUUCAGAUUAUAGUAAAUUUAAAUGUUUGUUUAUUCAUUGUAAGAGGCAGCUACCAGUGACUUUAAAUGUGUAAAAUACAUGCAGUUGAUUUUUUUUCAAUGAUCCUACUUCAGACACCUGUCUCAGGUGCCAUGAUUAUAUUACCCCUUACCAUGCUGGACAAGAGUGAUUCUGCUUUUGUGACCAGUGCAGAUUAUGAUCAGCCUGCACAUCCGUGCAGUCUGAUCAUGAUCUUCACUGUUGGCUAUUCAGCCAUAGCCAGUAUCUUUUUUAGUAAGCACCCCUUUUAACAGUUAAUUGUACUGUCCAAAUUGGAAGAUGGACAAAUUCAUUAUAGAAAUUUAGCAGGGUAAGGGUUAAUCUAUUACAAGUUGUAGAUUUAGGUAGGAAUAUCUGGUUUGAGGGUAAGUGUUUUUGGAUGUAACGAAGCAGUACAAUUAAUCGAAAACCAGAUAUUACCAUCUGCAUCUUCAACCAGUGGUAGGUUAAUUUUUUGCAUAUCGUAUUUUACAAAUUAGAAUAGAUAAAGCAAAGCAAAAUACUUUAAUCUUUGUAGCACUCUUCCUUAUAGUAGCAGUUGUGCUUACCAAGUUGUGGACUUAACCUUUACCAAGCAAUAUUUCUAAAAUUGACUGGUCCAUCAUUCAGUAUGGGCAAUACUAUUUAUUAUUCUAAGGGGUGUAUGUUCACUAAAAUUUUUUACUGACUGAACAGUGAACAGUGCAGACCAUGAUUAGUCUGCAUGGAUAUGCAGGCUGAUCUUGGUCUGCACUGGUCGCAAAGGCAGAAUCACUUGCCGACAGCGGGCUAAAAGUUAAAUGCACCAUCAACAGUUUCAACACUACAAACUCAGCACCACAGUCUCUCAGCGGUCCAGGUUUUUAAUGACCUGCAAAUUAUUAAAUUGUUAGCAUUUAGCAAAUUUUUAAGAAUGAGACUGUAGUGGUAAGAAUGUCUCAAAAUAUACUUAUCUGUUAAAAAUCUUUAUUUACCACUGUAUAAGACCAGCAAAACUGAAUGAAAUCAAACAACCUCCGACUUUAAAAUCCAUCCUUAAAAUCACAACAGCAUAAGAGAAUUUAAAAAAAUGACUGAACCAUUAUGCAUUUACACAGCAUCAAAUCUUUCCCAGUAGUGAGAUACUGACCAGUUAAUUGGUUUAUGUGGGAAAAUGAAUUGACCUAAAGUAAAAUUAAGAAGUAUGGUCAAAGGGAGAUAACUUUAAUUUAAAAUAGCUUAAUCCUGCCAUCAAGCAAAAAAUGUUACACAUUUCUUGUCAUCAUCACCUCAAACUUUACUUCCACCCAUUGAACGUAUGAAGGUCCAUAAAAUACAAAUAUCUGUCUAAGUCUACAGUUUAUUUUCAAUAGCCAUAUUUUUGGAGUUUCUAAAGCAGAUUGUAAAAUGGAUAAGUUAAUUUGGUGUAAAAAAACUUUAGUCACAUUCUUUGUAUAAAACUGGAUAUUUGAAAAAAGAUUAUGCCUCUUUAGGUCAAAACAUUCAAAAUUUAAUGAAUAAAGUGUAGUUCAAAUUGA